AUGACGUCUCCUGUUCCGAUUUCGAUGCUCAGCAACUCGCUCAAGCAAACCAGCCUCGCCACCUCUCCCAACGCGGUCUCCACCUCCCCGACGACCUCCUACCUCGACCAGUACCGCCCUCGAACCAAGUCUUUCACGAAGAGCACCAAGACUCUGAAGCCAUUUUCCACAGGUGACAUCAAAAUCCUGCUGCUCGAAAACGUGAACCAGACAGCCAUCGACAUCUUCGGCGCCCAGGGCUACCAGGUCGAGUUCCACAAGACUUCGCUCGGCGAGGAAGAGCUUAUCGAGAAGAUCAAGGACGUGCAUGCCAUUGGUAUCCGUUCCAAGACCAAGCUGACGGCCAAUGUGCUGAAACACGCCAAGAACCUGCUGGUCAUCGGGUGUUUCUGUAUUGGCACCAACCAGGUCGACCUUGAGUACGCUGCCGAAGCCGGUAUCGCCGUGUUCAACUCGCCGUUCUCGAACUCCCGUUCCGUGGCAGAGCUCGUGAUCUGCGAGAUCAUUGCUCUUUCGAGACAGCUCGGCGACCGGUCGAUGGAGCUGCACAACGGCGUCUGGAACAAGGUCAGCGCCCGAUGCUGGGAGAUCCGUGGAAAGACACUGGGAAUCGUCGGCUAUGGCCACAUCGGCUCCCAGCUGUCUGUUCUGGCCGAGGCCUUCGGCAUGAACGUCAUCUACUACGACAUUUUGAUGAUCAUGGCGCUCGGCACGGCAAAACAGGUCUCCUCUCUGAACGAGCUGCUUGCCAACUCCGACUUCGUCACCCUGCACGUUCCAGAGACACCAGAGACCAAGAACAUGAUCUCGACCCCCCAGCUGGCCACCAUGAAGGACGGUGCGUACCUGUUGAACAACGCCAGAGGCACGGUCGUGGAUAUCCCUGCUCUGAUCGACGCCCUGAAGGUCGGCAAGCUGGCCGGCGCCGCUCUGGACGUGUAUCCGCACGAGCCUGCCAAAAACGGCCCGUUGUUCAACAACGAGCUCAACGAGUGGGCCUCGGAGCUGCAGUCUCUGAAAAACGUCAUUCUCACCCCGCACAUCGGCGGCUCGACCGAGGAGGCCCAAAGCGCCAUCGGUGUCGAGGUGGGCACAGCACUGACCAGCUACAUCAACGAGGGCUCCUCGAUCGGCGCGGUCAACUUCCCAGAGGUCUCCUUGCGCGGUCUCGAUCUGGACCAGGAGAACGUCGUCAGAGUUCUGUACAUCCACCAGAACGUGCCAGGUGUCCUGAGAACCGUCAACGAGAUCCUGUCCUCGUACAACAUCGAGAAACAGUUCUCCGACUCGAGAGGCGACAUUGCGUACCUGAUGGCCGACAUCUCGGGCGUCAACCUGCAGGAGAUCAAGUCGCUGUACGAGAAGCUGGAAAACACCCCAUACAAAAUUAUCACCAGACUCCUGUACUGA